GACUGGAUAAACCUCUGGCCUCGCCUCAGGGUUCUAUAGCUUCUUCUCUGUUGCAUUCGCUCUCGCUCUUCACACCAAAAAUGGCUUCCUUCUCGUCCAUAUUGUCCCCAACGAAUCUCAUCCACAGCUCCACAAAACCCACAGAAAUCCCACAAAAUUUCUCCACUCAAUUUCUCCGACCAAUCUCCUUUCACCCUCCUCAUAUCCUCCUCGCCGCCGCCAAACGCCCCACGAGACUCUUCGCCGUCGCAGAAGCGGCCCAGGGUGCCAGUUCGGUGGCGGAAAGGAAACUGUACAUUGGGAAUAUACCUAGAAAUGUGGACAAUGAGGAACUCACUCGGAUUGUCCAAGAACAUGGGGCUGUGGAGAAGGCUGAGGUCAUGUAUGACAAAUACUCUGGAAGAAGCCGCAGAUUUGCCUUUGUUACCAUGAAAACAGUUGAUGACGCAAAUGCAGCAAUUGAGAAACUGAAUGAAACAGAAGUUGGAGGACGUACAAUUAAAGUCAACAUAACCGAAAAACCUUUGGUUAAUACAAUUGAUAUGUCACUUCUUCAGGCAGAGGAUUCCCAGUUUAUUGACAGUCCCUACAAAGUAUAUGUAGGAAAUAUUUCGAGUACAGUUUCUACCGAAACACUCAAAAACUUCUUCUCUGAGAAGGGUAAAGUUCUCAGUGCAAAGGUUUCACGGGUACCCGGUACCUCGAAAUCAAGUGGCUACGGUUUUGUUACCUUCUCUUCAGAGGAGGAAGUCGAAGCUGCCAUUUCAUCUUUUAACAAUGCUCUGUUGGAAGGCCAACCGAUCCGUGUAAACAAGGCAUAGAUUUUGUAGGGUUCUAUGUAACAAAAUGUUUGGAAGUUCACUUUUGCUUCUUGGCAUGAAAUUGAUGAACAGCAGAGGGCAGCUUUUUCACUCAUUUUUUCUGUCUUAAUAUCAUCAAUGUAUAAUCUUGUUUAUUUUUCUCUUGAAGUAUCAAGUCUUAACUUAAUUAGACUUAAAAAUGCAAAUCUUUGAUUGUCUUUCAAA